AUGUAUGACUUCAACGUGCCCACCCAAUUUGGGCCAGCGACUAUUCGUCUCAGCUUUCCUCCUUCCUCCCUCCUCAAGUUUCCCCCAGCCGAGCUCCCUGUAACGAUUCCUGCGCCCCAUGUCUCGGAGUUCUCAUGGAAGCAGCCCUUCAACAUUCCCAACGAUCUGUAUAAUCAGGUUUUGGAUGUGCGCGUGCCGAUCACCAUCGCCAGCGUCUACGCCCUGACUGUUGUCCUGAUCAAUCGCAUCAACAAGAGCCGCGGAUACAAGCCAUACGCAUUCAGCCAUUCGCCUCUAUUCAAGCUGUUCGUCAUCCUGCACAAUGUUUUCCUCGCUGUCUACUCCGCCUGGACCUUCGUGGGCAUGUUCCAGGCCUUUGGCAACUCGUGGCUACCUCGUCGCGAGCCCAAUGGCUGGGCUGGCGUUGUCGAUUCUCUUUGCAAGAUCAAUGGUCCCCGCGGCUACGGAAAUGCCGCUACCUACAGCACCAUUACCGAUGAAUGGUCCAUUCCCAACCCUGCCUACACUCUGACCAACGGUCUGCCUGAUUCGACCGACGUCGGCCGUCUCUGGAACCAGGGCCUGGCUUACUUCGGCUGGAUCUUCUACCUGUCCAAGUUCUACGAGGUCGUUGAUACGGCCAUCAUUUUGGCUAAGGGCAAGAAGAGCUCUACCCUCCAGACAUACCACCACGCCGGUGCCAUGAUGUGCAUGUGGGCUGGUAUUCGUUAUAUGGCAGCUCCUAUUUGGAUCUUCGCUCUUGUCAACUCGGCUAUUCAUGCGAUGAUGUAUACCUACUACACCCUUACUGCUCUGCGCAUCCGCGUUCCCACUGCGAUCAAGCGCAGCUUGACAACGAUGCAAAUCACCCAAUUCAUCCUCGGAACAAACAUGGCCGCCGCUUACCUCUUCGUCCAAUAUACCAUCCCAUACCCCGUGGGCAGCACCGCCCUGCGCCACUUAUCUAAGGUUGCUCCCGCCGUCGCCAGCGCCACCGCUGCGGCCGGCGUCGUCCCCUGGUUGAAGAAGCUUGCCUUCCGCGCCGCUGGUGCUGAGGGUCUCGCCGAGAAUGUUGGCAACACCGCUGCUGCCCCCAUUACUUCCUCCGGAUACACCCAGGAGAUGGUCACCUGCAUGGACACCACCGGCCAAGCGUUCGCCAUUUGGCUGAAUGUCUCAUACCUACUGCCUCUGACCUACCUCUUUGCGCGCUUCUUUGUGCGCUCAUACUUGAAGCGCAAGGACCCUGGAAUCAAGCAGUCCACCCACUACGAAGCUGCUGAGAAGGCUGGUAUGGAUGCUCUCAAGGGAUUGAGCCGUGAGAUUCAAAAAUACGCUAUCGAGGGUGAGAACAGCGAGGCCACCGAUGACGAGGUCAUUAAGGCCCACGUGCAGAAGAUCGUGGAACAGAAUGCUACUCAGGAUUCUCCCGUCCGAACACGUUCAUCUGCUGCCAACAAGGCCAAGGCUGUUGCCGCCGCUGCAGCUAAUGCUAAUGCCAACCAGUCAAGCUCAGAUGACGGGUUCUCCACCGUGCCUUCGAAGAAGGGCGCUAAGAAGCAAAGCAAGGGAACACAAGAGAGUCCAUCACCUGCCUCCGAGACAAACGGACAGAACCCGUUCGGAGUUUUGGGCAAUAACGCUUGA